GCGCAGUUUACAAAAGGCCUCGGGAUCUCGGCGCAGGUUAAAAAUGACAAGGAAUUUGUUAUUGGAAAUUCAAACACAACAGACCAGUUUUGUCUAGAUAUUUAAGAAGUGCAACAAGGGAUUCAAUCAACAAUCCUUCCUGCUCAGACUGUGGGGAGGAAUUCACUCAGUCAUCUAACCGACAGGCACGCCUGUUAUUUUACACGGGGGAGAGGCCAUUCACUUGCUCAGACAGUGGGAGUGGAUUCAGUUGGUCAUCACAACUGAAGGUACAUCAGCAAAUUCACACUGGGACAAGGCUAUUCACCUAUUCUGUGGGUGAGAAGGGAUUCAGUCGGUCAUCCCACCUGUGGACACACCAGUCAGUUCACACUGGGCAGAGGCUGGUCAUCUGCUGAAUUUGCGGGGAAGGAUUCUCUCGGUCAUCUGACCUAAUGGCUCAUCAGCGAGUUGACACCGGGGAGCGGCCGUUCACCUGCUUGGACUACGGGAAGAGAUUCACUGAAUCAUCUAAGUUGAAGGUACAUCAAGGAGUUCAUACUGGGGAGAGGCCAUUCACCUGCUCAGACUGUGGAAAGAGAUUCACUCGGUCAUCUCACCUACUGCUACAUCGGUUAGUUCACACUGCAGAGAGGGAUUUCACCUGCUCAGAUUGUGGGAAGAGAUUCACUCACUCUUCCACCCUACAGAGACACCAGUCAGUUCACACCAGGGAGAGGCCAUUCACCUGCUCAGUCUGUGGGAAGAGAUUCACACAGUCAUCCACCCUACAGAGACACCAGUCAGUUCACACUGGGGAGUGGCGGUUCACCUGCUCAGAAUGUGGGAAGGGAUUCACACAGUUAUCCAAAUUACUGGCACACCAGUCAGUUCACAGUGGGGAGUGGCCAUUCACCUGCUCAGACUAUGGGAAGGGAUUCACUCGGUCAUCUGAUCUGCUGACACACGGGCGAGUUCACACCGGGGAGAGGCCAUUCACCUGCUGUGAAUGUGGGAAGGGAUUCGCUCGGUUUUCUGAUCUACAGAUACACCAGCGAGUUCACACUGGCGAGAGGCCGUUUACCUGCUCAGUCUGUGGGAAGGGAUUCCAUCAAUCAUCCAACUUUCAUAGACACCAGCAAUUUCACACUGGGGUGAAGCAGUUCACCUGCUCAGACUGUGGGAAGGGAUUCAGUCGGUCAUCCUCACUAUUGGCACACCAGUCAGUUCACACUGGGGAGUGGCCAUUCACCUGCACAGAAUGUGGGAAAGGAUUCACUCAGUCAUCUGAACUACUGGUACACCAGUCAGUUCACAGUGGGGUGUGGCCGUUCACCUGCUCAGAAUGUGGGAAGGGAUUCACUCAGUCAUCCAACCUACAGAGACACCAGUCAGUUCACACUGGGGAGAAGCCGUUCACCUGCUGUGAAUGUGGGAAGGGAUUUGCUCGGUUAUCUGAUCUACAGAUACACCAGCGAGUUCACACUGGGGAGAGACCAUUCACCUGCUCAGUCUGUGGGAAGGGGUUCCAUCAGUCAUCCAACCUUCAUAGACACCAGCGAGUUCACACUGGGGUGAAGCCGUUCACCUGCUGUGAAUGUGGGAAGGGAUUCACUCGGUCAUCCUCACUAUUAGCACAUCAGCGAGUUCACACUGGGGAGAGGCCGUUCAUCUGCUGUGAAUGUGGGAAGGGAUUCACUCAGUCAUCUCAUCUGCUGGCACACCAGCGAGUUCACAGUGGGUAGAGACCGUUCACCUGCUCAGAACGUGGGAAGGGAUUCACUCAGUCAUCCAAUCUACAAAGACACCAGCAAGUUCACUUCGGGUAAAGGCCGAUCACCUGCUGAGACGUUGGGAAGUGUUUUCUCAGCCAUCUCCAUCAAAUGUGCAUCAUUGGGUUCACACUGUGGAGAGGCCGUUCACCUGCUGUGAAUGUGGGAAGGGAUUCACUCAGUAAUCUAACCUUGUGACACAGUACCGGGUUCACACUGGGGAGAAAGUUUCAAUAAGCUGCAUGCUGGAUAUUUGUCCAUCAUUGUUGCAGAAUGCAAUUUCGAGAGUGACUGUCGGUGCUGAACUCUGCAAUUAUUGCUGCUAUUCACCACACACAGUUCUGCACCCUGGUCACUGGGCAUGGGAGGAGUUUCUACUGCUGCCUAGUCACCUUUAAUGGAACUGGAUCUGAGACAAAUAAAUCAGUUCUAUUUUAAA